UCAGUAAUUAUUUACUGUAGCGUGGACUGUACCUCACAGUAUUUACAUCCUGCAAAGGUCUGACCUGCUAUCAAGUCACUCUUCGCCUUGAUUGAGUUCCAGAUGACCCUGCAACUUGAUGGGAUGUCCAGCAGGAAACGAAGACCAAACUGGACAGACCAGGAGUGUCUUCUUCUUGCUCAGUUAAUGCAGGAGAGGAAAGACGUCAUCAGAGGGAAGUGCAGCACUGGAGUUUCAAUACAGGAUAAGAGACAAGCCUGGGAGGAAAUAGCGCAAGCCAUAAACAAUGCCUUUCCACAGAUUCAGCGUACAGUUUCUGACUGUAACAAAAAAUGGGAAAACCUGCUGGCAAAGUCAAGGGAGGAGAUCAAACGACAGAGAAAUCAAGCAGGCACAGGAGGUCUGUCCCUGGAACAGUUAAGUACUGUGACUCAAGUAGUGAUUUCUGUGAUGAACCUCUCAGAGAUGCUGAAAAGGGACAAAGAAGAUUCCUCAGUCCCAGAGAUGAUGGAAACUCAACAAAAUGGAUGUGAUGGAGAUGAAAAUCAGCGCACAAUAGAUGAAACUUUCUCCGACAAACAUCCACUGAGAGAGAUGGAGCUCCCUACAUAUCCAGAUAACUCCACCUCUCCAGCAGAGCAAAAAAUAACAGUAUACACUAACAUCCCAAAGUCAAUCGCAGUGAAUUUUAGUUCUCAUCCUGCUGCUGGCUUUAAUGCUUCUGCAGAGCACCCAGAUACUCCCUGCUCUACUACUCCACCCUCAGUACACUGCACCACUCUGCAAGAGCGAAUGGAUUUGGAAAUGUCUGUUCUGAGAAGACAAGAGUCAGUCCUCAAGCUGCAAGAGGAGUAUUACACACUAAAAAUUAAGAUGAUGAAAAAGCAAAUGGAGGAACCACUUUCAAAGAACUGAACUAUCUGUUGGACCUGUUUGUGACUUGUGCUUGCUUGUGAAAUGUGUAUAUUCGCGUCAAAGAAUUUUCAUAACCUUAAAAUAUUUUCCCAGGUGAAUGCCAUGUGCCGUAUAACUGUGGAAUUACAGCUGUUACCCUUUCAAAUUCUCGAAAUCCGAAUUAUUCUCUGCAGAAAGUAUGAAUGAGUUUGGUUUAUCUGGCAGGGAAGUCCAACUCAUAUAUAUAGUUUUACACUGAGAAAUGUUUAUUUGCAGAUUCAUGCCAUUUGCUCCUAAGUGCGAAUUUGGAAGCUGUAAAUGUUUGACAUAUACUAAUAUACAUAUUUAUGAAAAUUGAACUUGGUCAUGCCAAUGUAAGUAAAGCUACAAUAAUGUCCUGUCUAGACAAAUGUAGUAAUUUGUGCGUAAUAUUUCUCAUAAAUCCGUUUAUUUGUAAGUGACGGGG